AACCAACGCACGCUACACAUUUGUAUCACUUGUUAUGUUUUGGCCCCUAACGAGAUUCCUAGCUUUGACCAAACUGGUGAAACCUGACGGUUCGUUUAGAUCCACGGGUCUCUGCCUGCCUUGGAAUUUGUGGUGCUGUAUAGUGCGCAUGCGCGACUUCUGACAGCGCAGCUUCUCAGCUACCGCCGCGCUCGUGGAGAGCCGUCUUUUAACCUCACCAUGGCGAACAAGGAGGAGAAACCAGAAGGGAAGGAGUCGAGCUGGAAAGAUUUUAUCUACAACCCGCGGACGGGGGAAUUCCUGGGGCGCACUGCAAGCAGUUGGGCUCUCAUCUUCCUAUUCUAUGUGGUCUUUUAUGGCUUCCUUGCUGGCAUGUUCUCUCUCACCAUGUGGGUGAUGCUGCAAACACUGGAUGAUUACACUCCCAGGUACAGGGACCGAGUCGCCAACCCAGGUCUGAUGAUCAGGCCCAAGUUUCUGGACAUCGUAGUAAACCGCUCUAACCCCGAUCAGUACAACAGAUAUGUCAAGGACCUGGAGGACUUCCUCCUGGAUUAUAAUGAUACGCUGCAGGAGCAGAAUCUACAAUGCACAGACGGCGUGUAUUUUGUGCAGGAUGAUACAAAAGAGAAACAGGUUUGCCAGUUCAAGCGCAGUCAGCUGCGUCAGUGUUCUGGUCUGGCUGAUAAAACCUUUGGAUAUAGUGAUGGACAGCCUUGUGUGUUAAUCAAGAUGAAUAGGGUUAUAGGUCUGAUGCCCAAAGGACAGCCGUAUGUCAACUGCACUGCCAAGAGAGACACUCCUCUGCAGAUGCAGUAUUUCCCAACUGAGGGCCACUUUGACAAGAUGUAUUUCCCGUACUAUGGCAAGAAAGCACAUGCUAAAUAUGUGCAGCCACUGGUGGCAGUGAAGCUGCAGCUAAGUGAGCAGGAUUAUAACACACACCUGACCAUCGAGUGUAAAGUGGAGGGCUCCGACCUGCGCAACAACGAUGAACGCGACAAGUUCCUGGGUCGAAUCACCUUCCGCAUCCAAGUGACCAAGUAGCCUGGAUCGCUCACCGGAGCUGCACGAUGUCCAUCACUAGCAUCCCAGUCCCACAACCCGUUCUCCUUACACACACACUUGCGUGAGGUAGCCCCUCACUCCUCCCAUGUCACACUGCCUCUUGACAUCUUAAGGGAGCUUGACAUUUAUAUGUACUGUACUCUGAAGGUAGGUUCAGAACAGGGCAAUGGGCUGCUCAUAUAGUAAUGUGUGUGGUGUGUGUAUAUAUAAAUAUAUAUAUUUAGAUUUCAAUUUAACACUUUUUCCCUUCUACACCAAAACCCAUCACUGGAAAAAUUAAUACAAGUGCGUGCACAUUCAGCCUCCUUCAAACCAUCUCUGUAAGACACAAUGUUAGUGACAUCGUGCAGGAAGCAGGGACCUGUAAAUAGACGUGUCAGAGCAUAGAGUUGUAUGUCUAUUCCCUCUUAUAGUGCUGUGCAGCCUGCUGUGUGUGUGAAUGUGCGUGUGGGGGUGUGUGAGAGAGAGUAUGUAUGUAUGUAUGUAUGUGUAUGCGAGUGCCAUAAUGUGAAGUCUAUAUGUACAUAUUUAAUGGAUUUUAAAGACACUUUUUUUUUUCCAGUAUCAUCACUCUCACUAUGUCUGACUGCUGUAAGAAAUCAAGGUUAUGAUGAUAUAUAUGUAAUAAGAAUUGUAAUUUAAGAUUUUGGAGAAAUGAAAAGGUUAUUAAGUGGGUGGGGUGGGGUGGGGUGGGGUGGGGUGGGGUGUUGUGGGACACACAAAAAUGUCUAUUGACCUCGUUUUUCGAAUCCAUCACCAUCAUCCGAGGAAAGUGAUUUUUUAAAACCUCUGCAGAAACUGUACUUUGUGCAGAUGCCUUAAGAUCUGUAUGGAAACAACUACAAAUAAAGGAGAUUUUAAACAUGGA